AUGAGAGAAGCAGAGAAAGGAAACCCUAUGCAUGCCAAAGGGAUGUCUCUUGAUAUAGUCCCGAGUCCUUAUCUUCUUCCCCCUGGCUUGCACGGUUCCCGCGAGUCACUGCACUCCUUGUCUAGAUCAGUCAUUGGAGAUGAUGAUAAAUAUCGCCAUGCGACUUCAUUCCUGGGCGAUAAUGCCUCUGUCAGGUCGCAACCCAGGGGAUAUCACGAUGAUGCAAUGACAUACUCCCGAUCCCAGAGCAAAGUCAGCAUGCGUGAUGAUAUGAACCAAGGUCUUCUGCAAAAUGCCCAGAGAAUGUCGCGUUCAUCGCCCCCACUGUACAAUACCCCCCCUGAUGGCGGCAGUGUGCACAGCCCAGUUGGUCAGGAUAGAGGACAGGAUUCGGGCUUGCAGCUGAAUCUGCCGAGGAGUCUGAGCCCCGUCCACAUACCAGGGUUUAAUGGCAGUCGCGGACCGAGUCCGGUGCCGACUAGUCCUGAGGGCAACGACGAUAAAUUACCUUCGAAUCUGCGCCAUGGUGAUAUGCAGGAACAAUCAGCCAAGAACGCUACGAACAUACCCCCGAAGUUGCAUAUUGAAACCACCGAAAGGCCCAAUUUUCCCCUUCAGGAUCCUCUGCCACCUCAUCUUGACGCUUACCCAGGCUCUAAUCAGAUGCUGCCCGUUCAGACGCCUCGGAUUUCACUUCCCGUGAGCGAUGCAGCUAGUGACUAUAGCGAUCAUACAGCUCGCGAUUCUUCAAUCCCGGUAGUGAACGUUCACGGAAUCGAAGGUGGUCAGAAGCAUGAACCAGGCCCCGGACACAUCGCAGCCCCUCCAAUCCCCGAUGAACCAUCACAAUCUCAGAAGCAGAGCCUCGAUGUCCGCCGCGACACCCGUCGGUUCACGCUUGGACUUCGUCCCCUGCCCCCAGAGGAUCCAUCUGACAAUCCCGAGCAGCGUGCUAACCGUAUUCGAUCGUUCUACAAAGAAUACUUUGACGACGGCAAGACAGGCAGGGAGACCCACUAUGAAGACUUCGGCCCAGAAACGUACUCUCAAGGGGGCUAUAUCUAUGACUCUGUUACUGGAGAUUACUAUGAUUCGGUUCCAGCACCGUUCGCCGAACCCGUCACUCGUCGUGCUAUGACUCCGCCUCCUCGUGCACCACCCCGGUUUCAAGGGGCAGCGAGACAUAUGGCGAGCGGCUCUAUGGGUGGUGCUGGUGACUAUCCCGGGCCUCGUGCUUUCUCUUCGGCAUCGAACCGACUCCCUGGCCCUCGAGCGCCUCGCAAGCCUAUGCCACCACCAUCACCGCUCCAAGUCCUACCUUCUCCUCAUUUGUUGAAAGACGACUCAAUUAUGAUCGCAGCCGAGUAUGCUCCAGGCAGGAACAUCAAGGACCAAAGAGAAGGACGCGCCGAGACCCCUCUUGGCGGGGUGCGAGCGUUUACUCCUUUGCCAGUUCAUACACCGCUCGCUUCAGUGUUUGAUGAGCUUACCCCAAUGCCGAGCCCACAUGCUCUGCGCAAAUCGGGAGCCUUCGACAUCCUUGAUUUUGCCCCGCCGCCUCGAUUUAAAAACGCUGAGACUGCAAGCGACGCGGGCAGCAUCCGCAGCACCAGCACUGGAAUUUCAGCCACACAUCUGCAUAAUAUUCGCACUGGUGCGUAUCGUGUCAGUCGGCUUCCCCCAGGAACUGUAGGUACAAGGGAUGACUUGAUGUCCAACCUUCGUCCUACAUGGGAUAUGCAGCAAACCUAG